UUUAAGAAAAAAUGGGCAAAAAUGUGAAGUUGAUUGUUGGAAGAGAACGUUGCAUAUGUUGAAUAUAAAGGAAUAUUCUCGAUUUAUUUCUGGGUGUGUCUGUAAAACUAAGUCUGUAGAGUAUAAAUUUUGAAUUUCCCGCCGUAGAUACGACGUAUUUCCUUUAAAAAUCGUUAUUUUGCGGAAUUGGUGCAAGGCCGGAUAAAGAUGGCUCAUAAUGUAGGAGCCUUAGGGUCGUGGGGGUUUAGUAAAAUGCGUAUUAAAUCGCGAAUGUAUUUUAUUUAAAAAUUUGGCGUUAUUUAAUGCAUUACGGAAACGGAUACGGUUAUUUUCAACGAUUUCGAUUGGAGUUGUAUUUUCUCCCGCAGUUAGAAUACGGACGAACAUUUUCGACCUUACAGACGUAGUACGUAAGGUCGUUUAUCGCAUGGACGUGACGUCACCAAACGGGCAGCGCCAUCUAACCUCGGUUGUGUGUGAUUUGGCUUACGCUGUAGAAAUCAAAAUGGCAUACGUUGCGGUAGCUAUGACAUUGUACUGGCAGUAGUAGACGUACGAAUGUGCGCAUAAACUGUUCGUAUAACCUAAAAAUAUUUUGAUAUAACGUGUUUAGCGGUAAAUAAUACAAUUUCGUUUUAAAAUCGAGUGAUUUUCGUUGAAAUUUGCCGUAAUAGUUGAAUGAACUUUCUCAAAAUGGCGUGAGUACCUAAAAGAGUGUUGGUUACGAGUUGAGAAAAGUUUUUGUUUUGUAUACUAAACAAUCGAAUUAAGGGUUAAUUUUAUUAUGAACAGAUUUUUAAGUAAUUUAAGAUUAUCGGUAAUCUAUUAUGUAAUCGGUCCGCGUUAAUAUUCGAUAGGAUUCGUGCGAAAAUUUUACGUGAUAAUGCCAGAGACUGAGGAAAUGUCCGAUUCGGAGAACACGGGUUCAGACAGCAAAAGCGAUUCCUCUAGCAACAAUUCUGGUUCUGAUAGUGAUUCUGGUUCAUCAAGUAGUGGUUCGGAUAGUGACUCAAAUAAAGCACCUUCCCCAACCCCAUCAAAUCGUUCAAGUAGUCACGGCUCAACAUCCCCUGAAAAAUAUCAAUCCGCCAAAGACGAAGACUCCGAUGACGACGACGACGAUGAUGAUAACCAACAAAUUCGAAGAUCGGGGAGAUCAAAAAAAUCGCGAACGUCAAGUUCGGAGGGUGAAAAAUCAAAGCGUAAAAGUGACGAAUGGAAAUACAACGAUGAUAGUUACCUGGAGUCCGAUGAAGAGCAACAAGAACGUCCCCCUCCGAGUAAAAGAUUGGGUUCGAAAAGAGCGCCUCCCCCUAAAAGAAAACCGGUGAAAAAGGCCGCUCAUUAUUCAUCUGAUGAUUCGAGUGUCGAAUCGGAUGGGGAUAAUCGGAGGGCGGUUUCGAGAAGGACCGCGACUACUUCCGUUAGUUAUAAAGAAGCUAGUGAGGAUGAUAAAACGGAUUCGGAAGAUUUGUUGGAGGUGGACGCAGCGGAGCAGGUUGAGCCUGUAGCUGAAGAUAAAAGUGAAACGAUAGAAAAAAUUUUAGGCCAACGCAAAGGAAAAAAAGGAGUUACUGGUAACAUAACCACCUGUUAUUAUGUUGAAGAGAACGGAGAUCCAAACGACGGUGCGGAUUUAUUGGAUGAUGAUAACUUAGAAGAUCAGUAUUUAAUUAAAUGGAAAGAUUGGGCUCACAUACACAACACCUGGGAGUCUGAGAAUUCGUUAAGGGAACAAAAAGUGAAAGGUUUAAAAAAAUUAGAAAAUUAUAUUAAGAAAGAAGUCGAAUUAAGGCAAUGGAGGAGGUACGCAACCCCCGAAGAUAUAGAAUAUUACGAAUGCCAAUUAGAAUUAUCACAAGAACUUUUAAAAAGUUAUAACAACGUUGAAAGAGUCAUUGCAAAAGCAACAAGAUCCAACGAAACCGGAGUUGAUUAUUUUGUGAAAUGGGAAAGUUUACCAUAUGCGGAAUCAACGUGGGAAGACUCCACCCUUAUCCAGAAAAAAUGGCCAAACAAAAUCACCGAAUUCUGUGAUCGCGAGGACUCCAAACAUACACCAUCAAAACAUUGCAAAGCUUUACGACAACGUCCUAAGUUUCACGAGAUUAAAUCUCAACCUACUUAUAUGAUGGGUAAAGAGAAAAAUUUAGUGUUACGAGACUACCAAAUGGAUGGUUUAAAUUGGAUGAUUCAUGCUUGGAUGAAAGAAAACAGUGUGAUUUUAGCGGAUGAAAUGGGGUUAGGAAAAACUAUCCAAACCAUAUGCUUCCUUUACUAUCUAUUUAAUUCUCAACAACUUUAUGGUCCUUUCUUAUGCGUGGUUCCUCUAUCAACUAUGACAUCUUGGCAAAGAGAAUUUUCGCAAUGGGCACCAGAAAUGAACUUUGUAACGUACUUAGGUGAUGUAAACUCGCGAGACACUAUCCGGUCAUACGAAUGGUGUUAUGCCGGCUCGAAAAGACUGAAGUUUAACGCUAUUUUGACUACGUAUGAAAUUGUCUUAAAAGACAAAGCCUUUUUGGGUAGCAUUAGUUGGGCUGUGAUUUUGGUGGAUGAAGCUCACCGUUUAAAAAAUGAUGAUUCACUUUUGUACAAAGCAUUAAUGGAAUUCGAUACGAAUCAUCGGCUAUUAAUUACCGGAACCCCGCUCCAGAAUAGUUUAAAAGAACUCUGGGCGUUGUUACAUUUUAUUAUGCCCGAAAAGUUCAAUUGUUGGGAAGAUUUUGAGAAGGAUCACGAAAAAGCAGCCGAAAAAGGUUAUCAAAAAUUGCACAAACAAUUAGAGCCGUUUAUCUUGAGGAGAGUAAAAAAGGACGUUGAAAAAUCACUCCCCGCUAAAGUCGAACAAAUUCUACGCGUUGAAAUGACAUCAAUUCAAAAACAAUAUUAUAAAUGGAUAUUAACAAAAAAUUAUAAUGCGUUGCGUAAAGGCGUGAAAGGGUCAACGAACACAUUUUUAAAUAUUGUAAUUGAACUAAAAAAAUGUUGUAACCAUGCUUUAUUAACAAAACCUAUCGAUGAUAUUCUCACCAAUCAAUACGAUCACAUUCAACAAUUACUUCGCGGUUCUGGAAAAUUAGUUUUAUUAGAUAAACUCCUCCUGCGUCUUCGAGAAACCGGCCAUCGAGUUUUAAUCUUCUCCCAAAUGGUCCGAAUGUUGGAUAUUUUAGGAGAAUACCUUCAAUUGCGCCACUUUCCUUUUCAACGAUUAGAUGGGAGUAUCAAAGGGGAACUUCGACGGCAAGCGUUAGAUCAUUUCAAUGCCGAUGGUUCCACGGAUUUCUGUUUCUUACUUUCAACGCGCGCGGGAGGUUUAGGAAUAAACUUAGCCACCGCUGAUACUGUGAUUAUAUUCGAUUCCGAUUGGAAUCCCCAGAAUGACCUCCAAGCUCAAGCAAGAGCCCACCGAAUUGGCCAAAAGAAUCAAGUCAACAUUUACAGAUUAGUUACGGCAAGAUCCGUUGAAGAAGAAAUCGUUGAAAGGGCCAAACAAAAAAUGGUUUUAGAUCACCUAGUUAUUCAAAGAAUGGACACAACCGGAAGAACAGUCUUAGACAAAAAAGGUAAUUCCAACUCAAAUCCCUUCAACAAAGAGGAUUUAACAGCAAUCUUAAAAUUCGGGGCGGAAGAAUUAUUUAAAGAUGAAGAUGAUAAAGACGAAGAACCAAAUUGUGACAUCGACGAAAUCCUUCAGAGAGCUGAAACUCAAGAUGAAGCCCCAGCCUUGGUUGGAGAUGAGCUCCUAUCAGCGUUUAAAGUUGCUAAUUUUGCGGCUUUCGAUGAAGACACCGAACCAUCUCCAGUACCGAACGGAGCGGACGAAGAAAGCAAAGAUUGGGACGAAAUCAUUCCUGAAAGGUUACGGAAAAAGGUUGAGGAGGAAGAACGAAGCAAAGAAAUGGAAGAUUUAUAUUUACCACCUCGUUCGCGCAAAACACUCCAACAAAUAAAUCAAUCGGAAAGUGAUGCGGACGAAGCCGGAGGUAGGCGCAAAAGAAAACAAGAAGAAUCCGGGUCUAGUGCUGGUGAAGGCGAUGAUAGCGACGAAGAGCGACCCAGAAAACGCGGAAGACCACCAUUAGCAAACCGCGAACGAAUUAAAAACUUUACAGACGCCGAAAUUCGCAGAUUUGUUAAAAGCUAUAAAAAGUUUAGUGCGCCUUUGAAAAGGUUAGAAGCGGUCGCUUGCGAUGCGGAAUUACAAGAAAAACCUUUAGCCGAAUUAAAGAAAUUAGGCGAAUUAUUACACGACAGGUGUCGAGCUUACAUGGGCGAACACACGAAAGAAAACAAUGAAACAGCCGAGGGUAAAAAACGAGUGCGGGGGCCUUCAUUUAAAUUAGGGGGUGUUUCCGUAAACGCCAAAACAAUGAUGGCUUGCGAAGAAGAACUCCAACCUUUAGACGAAGUUUUACCCAACUCCACAGAAGACAAAUUUAAAUGGGUGUUUGAAACGCGGACAAAACCGGCGCAUUUCGACGUCGAUUGGAAUAGUGGGGAAGAUUCCAAACUAUUAGUGGGAAUUUAUCAAUACGGCAUGGGAUCAUGGGAACAAAUCAAAAUGGACCCUUCACUAGGCAUAGGCGAUAAAAUAUUAUUAAAUGAAGAGAAAAAGCCGCAAGCGAAGCAUUUACAAUCCCGAGCGGAAUACCUCCUAAAAAUAAUGAAAAAACAACUAGAACAGAAAAAAGGGAUUACUAAACCGAAACGACAAAGAAAAGCCAAAGAUAAAGCCCUCACAAAAGAGAUAAUCGAGCAAGACGAUACAUCGAACGAUGAAAGCACAUCAAACACCGUCACAACAACCGCAUCCACCCCGGCAAAUCUCACCCCAAAAAAAUCAUUAAAAUCGAAAAAAGACGAUGAUUAUGACAUCCCUAUAACUAAAGACAAAAAAUCUGAAAAGAAAAAGCAAAAGAAAGAGAAGAAAAACGCUGGUCCAAUGCAUUUCACAGCAAAUAACGAACCGAGAGCUCUUGAUAUGUUAGGCGGGCUUGACCCAUCUACAUUUAACGAGUGCAAAGAAAAAAUGCGACCCGUUAAAAAAGCUUUGAAAGCCCUCGAUAACCCGGACCAAUCUUUACCUGAAACCGAGCAGGUAAAUCAUACGCGACUAUGCCUCCUACAAAUUGGUGAACAGAUCAACACGUGUUUAAACCAAUAUUCCGAUCCAUUAAAAAUCAAAGAGUGGAGGAGUAACUUGUGGUAUUUUGUAUCAAAAUUUACCGAAUUUGAUGCGAAAAAAUUAUACAAAUUGUAUAAAAGGUCGUGUAAGAAAUCGACGGAUAAAUCUGAAAAGAAAAGGGACCUCGAACAAUCGACUUCGAGUAAAAAAGAUGGACAUAAAAAUGAUGAAAAAGAACACAAUAGUGGUAGUAGUAAACGGAAACACGAGGAACAAGAUAAAGAUGCCGAAAAGGAUCAUAAAAAAAUACAUUCAGAAAAAUACGAGAAAAAAGAUAGGAACGGUGAAAAAGAACGGCAGAAAAAGCCAAGAGAGGAUGGUAACGCCGAAGAUGAUCAUAAUUGGAGAUAUAAUCAAACGAAUCGACAAAGUAGGAAGCCGACUCUACCUCCGAGAGAUUUCCGACAUGAUCAACUUCCUCCCGAUCACGAUCGAUGGGGUGGUGGAGUUGGACAAUCGAGAGAUCGAUUUCCUCCGGAUCAUAAACGUGAUCGAUUUAGUGAUUAUCAACGUGGACCUGGAUAUCAUAGGGAGAGAGAUCAUAAUAGACCGGAUAAACGUUCACCAAGCGGUAAAGAUGAUUGGAGAAAUUAUCCAAGAAUAAAUCGUGAUGUGAUGCCACCACAAUUAAAUCCACGACAACAACAACUCUACGGUAAUCAUUAUCCAGGGCCCGCUUAUUCUCCGAUGUAUCAACCCGCUCCUGGUGAUCCUUUUAUGAGGGACUGGCGUCAAGAACGUGAUUAUAGACGAGAAUAUGAUAGGAGACAACCGUAGUUUUGGUUUACGUAAUUUUACUUUACGUUAAUUAUUGUGUUUUAAGCAGUGAUAUGUCGAUAGAUGUACAGUUAUAGAAUUAGUCUAAGGUUUAAGCGAGGAUAUUUCCAAAAAGAGGAUUCGUUUUGUAUGAUUAUGAGACAUGUUGCAUUUUUCUUCACUUUUUUUCCUCAAGACGUAACAAGCAUUGUUAACAACCUUUAUAUCUACUUUUUACAAAAACACUCUCACAUCACAUUUUUUUCCUUAUUAAUUAUCCUCUUGUAACUUUUCCUUAUUAAUUCUCCCUUUUUAUUUUUUUUAAUUACUUUAUGACGAUAAGUAAUUUAUAGUAAUUUUUGUAGUAGAAAUUAUGUUAAUUAAUUAAUGCGAGGUUGGCUGUGUACUAUAACGUGUGAUUAGGCCUACCUAAAUAUAAUGUGGAAUUUUUGUAUAUUCGCGCUGUACAUACACAUUAGAUCCACAUUUCUUUUUAUAUAUAUGAUUUUUUCUUCAAAUCUCAACUGUUAUUUAUGAUGUAAUAUAGUUUCUGUAAGACCGCGUGGGUUUUGAGGGACCGAUGAACCCAAUUAUUUUUUUGUUUCCUUCGAAAUGUAGGUUAAUAAAACUGCAAAAUUUAAAAAAAUACAAAUAACAUACAAAAUGGAAACAGGACGUGUCAUAUAAACUAUAUAUUUAUUUUUAGGUAAAAAAUUGGAACGAUCUAUACUUCUCAGAAUCAGAUUCUUAUGUGUAAAAAUUAUUGGAUAUGAGAAACUUCCUAAAAGGAACCAAAAGAAUUGUAAAUUCUGAUCAUAGUUGUUUAUUCAAUAAAUCCAUUUCUAUAAAAUUUAA